AUGGACUGGACUCAGAAAUGGGACAAACUGCCCAGGGAGCCCAGUCUGAAGAAGCUGACAGCCCCCGGGUAUGGAAAGCCUGGGAAGAAGCAGCACCCUCCUCUGCAGGACAUCACAAGGGCUCACAUCGACUCUUUCAACCAGGCCAUGAUAGAGGGGCUCUUCCAGGCAGUGCAGGCCAUGAAACCAAUGGAAUUUAGUUUUAAAAAUGCUCGUGUAUCAUUUAAAAUUGUGGAUGCAGUUAUCAGUCAACCCAUGGUACCUAAGGGAAGUCUCUGUAAGGAUCCAAAGAUUUACCCGGCUGAAUGUAGAGGACGAAGGUGCACCUACCAUGGAAGGCUGACUGCGGAUAUAAGUUGGUCUGUGAAUGAUGUUCCCAGUGGUGUCAUCAAGCAAUUCCUUGGCUAUGUUCCUAUCAUGGUAAAAUCCAAGCUUUGUAACUUACAUGGCCUUUCACCAAAGCAGCUUGUGCAGCAUCAUGAGGAGGAACAGGAAAUGGGUGGCUAUUUUAUAAUCAAUGGGAUAGAAAAGGUGAUUCGGAUGUUAAUUAUGCCAAGAAGAAAUUUUCCCAUUGCAAUGAUUCGCCCCAAGUGGAAAAGUAGAGGUCCCGGUUAUACCCAGUAUGGUAUAUCAAUGCGUUGUGUCAGAGAUGAACACACAGCUGUCAAUAUGAAUCUACAUUAUUUAGAGAGUGGCUCCAUAAUGGUGAAUUUCAUUUAUCAGAAAGAACUCUUCUUCAUUCCUCUUGGCUUUGCACUGAAGGCACUUGUUAACUUCUCAGAUUAUCAGAUAUUCUCAGAGUUGAUUAAAGGCAAGGAGGAAAACUCCUUUUACAGAGACUGCAUCACCCAGAUGCUCAGAGCCGUGAUGGAGGAAGGCUGUCACAGUCAACAAGAAGUUCUCAAGUAUCUUGGCGAGCGAUUCCGUGUUAAGUUCUACCUCCCAGACUGGUAUACUGAUGAGCAAGCGGCAGAGUUCCUUCUAGAACAGUGCAUUUGCAUACACCUUAAAUCCAACUUAGAAAAAUUCCACAUUCUGUGCUAUAUGACUCGAAAGCUUUUUACUUUUGCCAAGGAAGAGUGUAUGGAGGAGAAUCCCGACAGCUUAAUGACUCAUGAGGUUUUGACUCCAGGACAACUGCUUCUCAUGUUUUUAAAGGAAAAGAUGGAAGGUUGUCUUGUUGCUGCCAAACUCAACUUGGACAAGAGAGCUCAGAAACCCAAUCUAGUUCUAAGCACAGAGUCCAUCAUGAAAAUAUUUGGUAGCACAACUGAUCUCACGCGGGUCUGCGAAUAUCUGCUCGCUACAGGAAAUCUUCGAUCUAAAACUGGUCUUGGUAUACUCCAGGCUUCUGGUCUGUCGGUAGUUGCAGACAAGUUGAACUUCAUUCGGUAUCUUUCACACUUCCGCUGUGUGCACAGAGGUGCUGCCUUUGCCAAGAUGAGAACCACAACUGUUCGUCGUCUCCUGCCAGAAUCUUGGGGUUUUCUAUGUCCUGUACACACACCUGAUGGCGAGCCCUGUGGGCUAAUGAAUCACAUGACUGUGACAUGUGAAAUUGUGACACAGACCUCCAUCAAUGCUCACAUGCAGGUUUUGUUAUGCACAUUAGGUGUCACUCCUGUUGAUGGAAUUCCAGGAAAGCCCUUAGCGGAUUGCUACCAGGUUAUGCUAGAUGGUGCCAUGGUGGGCUGGAUAGACCAAGACUUGACUCCGAAUCUUGUCAGUACUCUAAGAACUUUUAAGGUAACCCAGGAAAAAAAGAUUCCACCCUGGACAGAAAUAGUGCUGAUUCCAAUGACUGGGAAGGCCAGUCUAUAUCCUGGACUUUUUAUCUUUACCACUCCUUGUAGAAUGGUUCGUCCUGUCAGGAAUCUAGCUGUUGGGAAAGCAGAGCUUAUAGGAACAUUAGAACAGGUCUUUUUAAACAUAGCAAUAUAUGAAGGCGAAAUUGUACCUGGUGUCACCACUCAUCAGGAGCUCUUUCCACACAGUCUGAUGAGUGUGGUAGCUAACUUCAUUCCCUUCUCUGACCACAACCAGAGCCCCAGGAACAUGUACCAAUGCCAGAUGGGUAAACAGACUAUGGGCUUUCCACUCAUGACCUACCAGGAUCGCUCCGACAAUAAGCUAUAUCGCCUGCAAACCCCACAGAGCCCGCUGGUGCGUCCCUCUAUGUAUGAUUACUUUGACAUGGACAAUUAUCCUGUUGGCACUAAUGCUAUUGUUGCCGUCAUUUCAUACACCGGAUACGAUAUGGAAGACGCUAUGAUUUUAAACAAGUCAUCAUGGGAGAGAGGAUUUGCCCAUGGCAGUGUGUACAAAACAGAAUUUAUAGAUCUUUCACAAAAAAUUAGAAGUAGUGAGGACAAUUUUGUGUUUGGCAUCAAACCAGGUGAUGAACGGGUGAUGGGAAAACUGGAUGAGGAUGGCCUACCACCAGUGGGAGCUGUUCUGAAAUUUGGAGACCCAUUCUAUAGUUAUAUCAAUCAAAGUACUAGAGAGAACUUCACUGUAUAUUAUAAGAGCAAAGAAGACUGUGUUGUGGACAACAUAAAGGUUUGCAGCAAUGACUUGGGCAUAGGAAAGUUUAAAUCUGUUUGCAUCACCAUGAGGGUGCCACGCAACCCAACCAUUGGAGAUAAAUUUGCCAGCCGGCAUGGCCAGAAGGGAAUUCUCAGUAGACUCUGGCCAUCGGAGGAUAUGCCAUUCACUGAAAGUGGAAUGGUGCCAGACAUUCUGUUCAACCCACACGGUUUCCCAUCAAGAAUGACCAUUGGGAUGUUGAUAGAGAGCAUGGCUGGUAAAUCAGCAGCCUUGCAUGGCUUGUGCCAUGAUGCCACACCUUUUACCUUCUCUGAAGAAAAUUCAGCUCUGGAAUAUUUUGGUGAGAUGUUAAAGGCAGCUGGCUAUAACUACUAUGGCACAGAGAAAUUGUACAGUGGUAUUAGUGGGGAAGAGCUAGAGGCAGACAUUUUCAUUGGUGUGGUCUACUACCAGCGACUGCGCCACAUGGUUUCUGACAAGUUCCAAGUAAGGACAACAGGAGCUCGAGACAAGGUGACCAACCAACCUGUUGGUGGCAGGAACAUACAGGGAGGUAUACGUUUUGGAGAGAUGGAACGCGAUGCCUUGCUGGCUCAUGGUACCUCCUUCUUGCUCCAUGAUAGACUUUUUAACUGUUCUGAUAGGUCUGAGGCUCAUGUGUGUGUAGAAUGUGGCAGCCUCCUGUCCCCUUACCUGGAGAAGCCUCCCCCAUCCUGGUCAUCCAUGCGGAACAGACAGCACUACUGUGCGAUCUGCGAUCGUUCUGAUACAAUUGACACUGUGUCUGUGCCUUACGUUUUUCGAUACUUUGUGGCCGAAUUAGCAGCAAUGAACAUCAAUGUUAAACUAAAUGUGACUUAA